AUGGCAACAGCUACCGCUCAUCUUUCCUGUUCACCGGUGCACGUUGCGGCUGCAGCGGACGAGCGUGCAGCUCCAAGCGUUAGGAAUGUUUCAGCCAUUGGCUCGCUGAAGCGGUUCGACGGGCUGCGAUGCCACGGGGCGACUGUUAGGGUUCAGCCUGCACAGGUCAAAGUAGCGCAGAGGAGGCUAACAACAGUUUCGGCCACAGCCACGUCAGCAGAUGCCCCUGCAGCUGUGACGUCUUCAUUUAUUGGCGUGAAGACCGAAGAAGAGAUGAUGGACGCGAUAACCAAGGAGGCCGCCAAGUAUCGUCUGCCCGAGCGCGUUGUGCUGGGAAUGCGCGAUUUCUACUACUCGUACGCGAAUGCGGUUGCGUCCAGCGGGAUUGAGAACGCAGAGCAGCUCGCUCUGCAGAUCAUGUCGACCACAUUCGACAGAAUCAUGUUCCAACUCAGGGAGCGUCACCAGUUCGAAUCGCACCAUCUGGCCGUGCGUGAGCCGUUUGACUACUAUGCUUUUGGGCAGAACUACGUGAAACCCCUCAUCAACUACACGCGGUCUUACAUCGGCAAUGUGAAGAUAUUGGACCAGAUUCAAGCCAACCUUGAUGCUGGCCACAACGUGGUGUUGAUGACAAACCAUCAGACAGAGGCGGAUCCGGGUGUCAUCGCUCUCUUGCUCGAGAACAGCCACCCUCGCCUCGCCAAAGACAUUACGUAUGUUGCUGGCGACCGAGUUGUGUUCGACCCGUUCUGCAUGCCCUUCAGCCUCGGCAGGAACCUCCUGUGCGUGCACUCUAAGAAGCACCUCAACGACGUGCCAGAGCUGGCAGAGCAGAAGCGAGCGGAGAACCGCAAGACGCUCAAAGUGAUGGCGAAGCUGUUCCAGCAGGGUGGAAACUUCGUGUGGAUCGCUCCAAGUGGCGGGCGCGACCGCAUCAACCCCGAAACUAACUACGUGCCGCCUUCCCCGUUUGACUCCUCGGCUGUGGCACUCAUGCACCGACUCACAUCGGAAUCGGGAGUCCCCAGCCACCUGCACCCCACCGCACUCUACUCAUAUGACAUCAUGCCGCCUCCUCGCACUCUGGAGAAGGAGCUGGGAGAGAAGCGCAUCAUCGGGUUCCACGGUGUGGCGUUCAGCGUGGGGGAGGAGCUGGACUUCGGAACCGUGACGGCUGGCAUCGAGGACCGCAGGGAGGCUGCGGAGAAGUACAGCGAUGCGCUGUUUGCAGCAGUGGAGGAGCAAUACGACCUGCUGGUGCAGGCGGUGCAGGAGAAGGGGCUGGAGGCAUCCACAGAUAAAGUCAAGCUGGAGCAAACCAAAGUAGGUGCUGAUGGCAGCACCAGAGGCGGGAUGGGGACAGUGGUGGUGGAAGGAACCGAAGAAGAAGGGGAGAGCGGAGCGGGGAAGAAGGGGAAGCGCAAGGGCGGGAAGGACGGGGAGGAGAUGGCGGAUGGCAGUGCGAGCGCGGGGGAGGAUGUGACGCGGCGGGCUCGCAUGUGCGCGGCUGGUGGUGGUGCUCUUGAGGCGGGCGGGUGUGUGCUGCAGAGCCUCAGACUCACCACCGACAAGAUUGCCUUCGAGGCGGUGCCGACGGAUGCAGAGUUCCCAAGCAGCAACCAACUGGUGCGGCUCUGGCUGGACAAGCACGAGGGGCUGCGCGCAUCUGACAGCGCGCAGGAGUCCGAUCUACAACUGACAUCAAAUCACACAGCCCUGGGUGCAGUACCUGCUCAUGUGCUCGUCGGGCCGAUGGGGCCAGCCCCCUCUGUUGACGUGCUUGAUCCAGCAUGGCGCCACAAAGCGGUUGAACCCUAA